GCAAAACAGUUCCAAUUUUCAGGUACCCAGAAGACCAAUCUUGAACAGAAGCACAGAGAGAGAGAGAGAGAGCAACUAUUAUAAUAGAUAUUCUUAUUCUUCAGAAGAUGAAGCAAAAGAUUGUGAUCAAGCUCGGAAAUGGCAACAACCAAUACUCCAGUAAAGCUAUGAAGAUUGCAGCUGGUGUAUCUGGUGUUGAAUCCAUGACAUUGCUUGGGGAAAACAAGGACCAAAUAAUGGUCAUAGGUGCUGGGAUUGAUGCAGUCAACUUGACAAAGUGUAUGAGGAAAAAACUGGGAUCAGCUGAACUAAUAAGCUUGGCUCCCAUUGGAGACAAUGAAGAAAAGACAGAAGCCAUAACCCAUUACUCGGAAAGGCCAAUUUAUCAAUAUCCCUUGUGGCACUACUACUGAUGUGAUCUCUAUCUAUUGGGACAAAUCAAUUAAUAUAAAUUUUAAAAGUUGAAUAAGUUAGUUAUUUUAUUAUGAAUGUAUUUUUUUUACUUCAUAAAAAUUUGGUGCGCGAUAUCAUGUAGCUAAUUAUGUAGCUCCUAAAUGCUAUGGUGAACA